AUGGCAGACCAUAAGACUGACGCUACCGCCCUGAUUCUUGUUGACGUGCAGAAUGACUUCCUCCCACCCGAUGGAUCUCUCGCCGUCACUAAUGGCCGUGCUAUCCUUCCAGUCAUUCACAAGUUACUAUCAAACCCAAGCGUAUUCGAUCUUAUAAUUGCCACCCUCGUAUACCAUCCUCCUGGGCACGUCUCUUUCGCGUCAACUCAUAAGGCUCAGCCAUUCACGUUGAGAGACAUCCCCAAAUUACAUGAGGCUACGACCACGCCCCAGAUGCUCUGGCCCGACCAUUGUGUGCAAGGGACUCAAGGAUGCGAGAUUGAACCGACAAUACAGAAAAGACUUGACGCCAUUGAAGGAGUACAAUACGUUCGAAAAGGCACGAACCUUGCAGUUGAUGCGUACUCAGGUUUCGCCGACAACCAGUACACACAGUUCACCUCGCUCCCACAGAUACUUCACACCCAUGGUAUCAAGAAAGUGAUCAUUACAGGGCUUGCUACAGAUUACUGCGUUAAAUUCACUGCCAUUGACGCGCGCAAGUUUGGAUUCAAGACGCUAGUGGUGGAGGAUGCCGUUAGAGCCGUAGAUCCUUCGAAAGUGGACACAGUCGUUGACGAACUCAAAGAGUGGGGUUGCGAAAUUAUUGCAGCAGAUACCAUAUCGAAGCAGUGACGGGUAGACCAGCUUGAGAAAUCAAUGGUAGUUCAGUGUUUAGGAUCUACGUCUGGAUGGGAAUUGCAUGGAAGUAUUACAUUUGUGAGGGUAUAGCAGCCCUUGGAG